AUGCAUAUCGAAUCGAUUCCCAUGUGGACUGGCAAGGGCAACAACUAUGCCUAUCUGAUAUCCGAUGAGCCGACUAAGGAUGCUGUGAUCGUCGAUCCCGCAAAUCCGCCGGAGGUAAUUCCCGUUCUGAAGUCACAUAUCGAUUCCGGCAAGAUUAAUCUGAAAGCCAUUAUCAAUACACAUCACCACUGGGAUCAUGCUGGUGGGAACGAUGGAAUUCUUCAGCAAUUUGGAAAUCUCGACGUGAUCGGUGGCAAGGAUUGCAAGAUGGUCACCAAGACUCCAGCUCAUGGUGAAAAAUUCAAAAUUGGCGAUCGUAUAACUGUGACUGCCCUACAUACCCCAUGUCACACGCAAGAUAGUAUCUGCUACUUUGCUGAAGACGGAAACCAGCGGGUGGUAUUUACCGGAGAUACUCUAUUUAUUGCCGGAUGUGGCCGAUUCUUCGAGGGCAACGCCCAAGAGAUGCACAGGGCUCUUAAUGAGGUUCUUGCAACGCUGCCAGACGAUACCAAAGUCUACCCCGGUCACGAGUAUACCAAAUCCAACGUGAAGUUCUGUCUCUCGGUAUCGCAGUCAGAGCCGAUCAAAAAGCUCCAGGUCUAUUGCGAAAAUAAUUCGCGAACGGAGGGUAAAUUUACUAUUGGGGAUGAAAAGUUACAUAACGUUUUCAUGAGAGUCACGGACCCCGAGAUGCAAAAGGCUACAGGGAUGACAAGCCCUGUGGAUGUUAUGAAUGCCUUGAGAGAAAUGAAGAAUGCUGCGUAG